AUGAAUUCCUGGGACCUCAAUCCUUACUUGGUAACACCUGUGGCUAAGAUUUUUGCCAGAUGUGUAGCCUCAGGCAAAAUGACACGGGAACUUGAUGCUGACCCACAAAUAUCAGAAGUCUUUUCUUCUUCUUUAAAUGAGCUGAACAGAAUUGAAGAUAAUCUUGAAAAGGCUAAUGUAGAUUUAGAGCUGCUGAAGCUGGAUAAAGAUGUAGCAGUUGUCACUUACAGUCAUUAUCUCAGUCAAAGGUUUACCACCUUGCAGCAGUCCACAUCCCACCUUCAGACAGUGUUGCAAGAACAGACAAUCCUGCUAGAAAGGCUCACAAAACCACUGUGUCAGCAGAACCUACCCAUUCAGGCUGAUCUUCACAGGGAUUCUAUGGCUGCCCCAAGAACUAUAUGAUACUGGACCUUACCUGAGCAGAGACAGCGCCACCUGAUUCUCUUGUGAACUGUUUUAAUCUACU